GGAAUUUAUUAUCACAACAAUAAUUACCACUUGGGUGUAGGUGCUUGAACUACUUUAACCUGACACGGUCCCGCGAAGAAGGAAGAUCAAUAGAAUGGGUGUUUUAAAACAUGUGGUGGAUUUUGCUUCAGAUGCUGCCGGCCUAGAAAAAGCUCUAAGGUUGAUACAAGCUUUGUGUCAGAUAUGUGCAUUUUAUCCGACGGUUUUGGGGUGGGUGUUGUUGGGGUUGGGAAUUGGAAUGGGGAGGAGAGGUGGAGGGGGGAAGGGGGGUGUAGAUGUAGAUGGGAAGAUGCAGGUGCAGGUGCAGAUUGUGGAGAGGUUGUGGAAGGCGAGGAGAGAGCUUGCUGUUGGACGUCGUUAUAUGCGUUUCUUUCGCUUCAUCAAGAAUUUUUCAAAAGCAUGGGAUAGUUUGUUAAAUGAAGAUGGAAUGAAGAUGAUGAUUAAUGUGGGUAAAUCGGGAUUUAUGGGUGCUUAUUUGGGAUUGGAAAGUCUCACCAUUUUGGAUAUAAUGGGUGUAUGUAAUACCCCCUGGUCCUCAACAUGUACCCUUGAAGGCAACAAAUUUUGGUUCUAUUCGCUGUGUAUAUCGAUAUUUGGAGAGCUAUGGGAUCUUUACCAUCUACUUGUCAAUAAUGAUACAGCCUCAAAGUCCAAUUCACAGGACAACUCACAUGAUUCAGAUCUAGCAACAAAAUCAGCCGACACAACACAAAUUGUCAUGGGACAGUCAGAGAAGAAUAAGAAAAAGGGAAAAUCCAAGACCCAAGUAUUUCUCAAAAUUUUCGAGAAUACAGCCGACCUUUUUCUACCUGGAGCGGUAACAGGGUGGAUUGUUAGUGAUAGGGGUGUUGUAGGUGUGGCGACUGUUAUUAGUACAGUGCUUAGCUCGAGGGAUAUCUGGAGGAGAGUUGGGGAUCAGGAAGUGAGAAAUGAAGGGGGGAAUGGGGAAAGACAAAAGCGGAGGUAGUAAAAAUGAGAGGAUGGAGGAGGACAGAGAGAUAAAGGACGAGAUCUCAGCUUGUUUUACAUGUAUAUGAGUAUUCAUGAGAUAUUAUGUGCUCAUUAAACAAUGAAAAGAAGUAAUAAGAUUGCUAUCUCUUUGAACUUAAUCAAAAUCA